UUUCCCCCUCCCCUCGCAGAACACAAAAAUGACUUUGGUCUGCAAUAGAACAAAGUGCACACUUCUGAUGAGCACACAAACGCUUAUACCCAAUAGCAAACUUUGUUGGUCUUAAAGGUACCACUGGACUCACACUUCGCACGGUAGACACUGUGGCGUGCGCGCAUGCGGUCAUAAUAUCAGGAGUACUGCUAUGGGAACAAAGGGGUAGUCGUGGUUGCCAGCAUGUGCGCUUGCGCGGAGUGCGCCCAAGUUGGUCUAUUGUUCAGUCAGAAGCCCGGCUCUGGUUACUGUGGGUGAGCUGGCGGCUGUCUCGUUCUCCCUGCUUUUAUUUCUUCGACCUGGGAAAUGAGCGAGCAGCGAGUGGAGGCGGAAACCGCAACGGAUGCCGCCGCCGCCGCUUGGCUGCUUGUGCUGAGCUCGGUGUUCCUGUGCAACCUACUCAAAAUCCUUUUGCCUUCCUGUUCCUCUGUAAUAUCAAAGUUGCUACAGAAGGAUGUUGAGCAGGAAUCACAGAUGAGGUCUGACAUUCAGAACAUGAAGCAAGAACUUGCUACUAUUAGUAUGAUGGAUGAAUUUGCCAGAUAUGCCAGAUUAGAAAGGAAGAUUAACAAAAUGACUGACAAGCUUAAAACUCACGUGAAAACACGAACAGCUCAACUUGCCAAAAUUAAAUGGGUAAUAAAUAUCGUCUUCUACAUUUUGCAAGCUGCUUUAAUGAUCUCACUAAUUUGGAAGUAUUAUUCAGAACCAGUUACUGUGCUUCCAAGCAAAUGGCUAGCCCCAUUAGAACGUUUGGUAGCUUUUCCAACAGGAGUGGCAGGUGGUGUUGGCAUUACAUGUUGGUUGGUGGUUUGCAAUAAAGUAGUGGCCAUUAUGCUUCACCCUUUCAGCUGAGAAAGAAUUCUAAUUUCAGUCCAUUAUCACAAUUAAAAGUACUCUUCUAUUUCCUUUGACUGUAUUCUUAUGACUCUUAUUACAGACUUUGCACCAAUUGGUUUUGAUACAAUAUCCUGUGAAAGGAGAGGCAAGGCUUAGGGUAGAAUAAUAAAUUAUUUUAUUGUAACUUUUAAUAUUUAUAUAUUGUCUUAUGUAUAAUAUUCAAACUUACAGUAUUUUAGACUUCAAUUAUUGUACUUAAUGGUUUUUGUAUUGUCAUGUUUCUGAUGAGCACUGGGUAGUGAACAUGAUACUUGUUAACUGAUCUUGUUAAGGUUAUAUUAAAGGUAAACAA